UGUGAUCGCUGCGGGAUGUAACUACUUCCUAGUCGUUUCAGAAGCAGUAUGGGUGGCUGUUGCGCUGUUGCGAAGAGCUGACUAUUCCCUCCGGGACUACCGUAUGCCAGGAAAACAUGGAGAUCUGCAAAUGAUGUGUCGUUCUGCUAACCACUCCUAACGACACCUUCACUCAGCUGAUGCGACGCACACACCCCUUCAAGGACACAGCCGUUGAGAGUCGCCCUCGUCAGUGAUGCUGCCGACACUGAACGACGCAAUGCGAAGCUGCAUGGACGGUAAUGCCUCCGCCUCUCACUGGAAUGCCUUGGAAAGUAAUCAGGAUGCACUCAGCCGAGGGACCAACGUAUCAGAACUGUUCUGCGGCCGGAUAUGGGACGGCAUCUUGUGUUGGGGCCCCGUACCCGCAAACACCACCGUCUAUGCAGGGUGCCCGGAGUACCCUUACGACUUCGACACUUCACGCACAGCCAGCAAAUUCUGCACGGAAACCGGAUCCUGGUACUACGACCCUGUUCUCAGGCAACCCUGGACCAACUAUUCGCUGUGCAUACUGGGAAGAGGAUCCGCAAUCCAUUCGGAAAACAUCACUUUCUUUGAGCCCCAUCUUGGAACCAUCAAGAUGAUGUCGAAAGUAGGUUACACGGUGUCCCUCAUCAGCUUAGUCAUCGCACUUACGAUCCUGAUAUCCGUGAAAAAGCUUCGUUGUCCUCGUAACAGCCUUCACGUGCACCUGUUCCUCUCCUUCAUCUUCCGUGCCUUGGCUGUCCUGGUUAAGGACGCCAUCUUUGUUGAAGGCAUUGGACUUAGCACUAACCUUGACUUCACUCAGAAUAACGUGGAUUGCAAGGUGUUUACGAGCAUCUGGCAUUACGUGUUGAUGGCUAAUUACUGCUGGAUUCUGAUGGAGGGACUCUACCUUCACAACUUGAUCUUCUUGGCGUUCUUUACGGACAGCUCGGGGAUAAUAAAGUACGUCGUUCUCGGAUGGGGCCUUCCUGUGGUGUUUCUCAUACCAUGGAUUAUCGUUCGAGCCACGCUGGAAGAUACGCUUUGCUGGACAACUAACGAGACACAAAUUUAUUUUUGGAUAAUACGAGGCCCCAUCACCGUCUCCAUCCUGGUGAAUUUUGUUAUGUUCAUCAAUGUCACGAGAGUGCUGUUGGCGAAAUUGUUCACGCCGCAGGCGUGCGAGGCUCGGCGGUAUCGCUACAGGAAGUGGUUCAAAUCAACUUUGGUCCUGGUACCCCUGUUUGGAGCACAUUACGCCUUCUUGUUGGGGAUGUCCCUAGCAGCGGCAGGGAACCUUCUAGAGCUCGUAUGGCUCUACAUCGAUCAGCUCUUCUCUUCUUUCCAGGGGUUUCUGGUGGCGACGCUCUACUGUUUCCUCAACACGGAGGUGAGUAGACGCCUCGGGGACCUCUUGAGUCCUCCUUGCCUCGGAGACGGGACCGGAAGGCGAGGGACGACGGAGAGGAGGGGGCUGUCCAUGGACCGGUCCUCCUUGCAGGUUGGGACGCAAGCGCGAAAGGCGCUCGUCCCUGGAAGGUUUUCCUGGCGGCGUGUACGUCCCGCGCCCAGCAACGGGCCCAGACAUCUUUCUGUACUUACGCAGUCCUUCACGCUGGUGACCAGAGUUUCGCCGGCAAAUCAUACGUUGCCUCACAAGGAUGUAGCGGCUCACAUCUAAGAGACCACAACAAUAAGGCUAGGAACCUUGGAACGAUGUCUGAGAAUCACCUCAAUCAACUCAACCACAAAGAAGAGAGACUGUGCCAAAGCUGCCAUGCAUGUCCAUAUCGUAUUAGUGGUGCAAAACAAUUUUGUGUGGAUGUCACUCCUCUUGUAUACCACAUGUUGUAAAUACAUUCCAUACGACUUUGUA